UUGCCCUAGCCGUCAGCACUCAUUCUCUCUUCUCUUAACGCUACUUCGCCGCCGCUUAUUUAUAUUUCAUCCUUCCUCUCACUCUCCCUUUCACAAGGCUCGCGGAAAAAUGGCACCAAAGAAGGCUGUUGGAAAAGCCUUGGCAAAGAAGAAGCCGGAGAAGGUCGUGAACCCACUAUUUGAGAAGCGUCCUAAGCAGUUUGGAAUUGGUGGUGCAAUUCCACCAAAGAGGGAUUUGACACGGUUUGUUAAAUGGCCAAAAGUUGUUCAAAUUCAGAGGAAGAAGCGGAUUCUUAAACAGAGGUUGAAGGUUCCACCAGCUUUGAAUCAGUUCACUAAGACCCUUGACAAAAAUCUUGCGACAAACCUGUUCAAGAUGCUUUUGAAGUAUAGGCCAGAGGACAAAUCACAGAAAAGGGAGCGUCUUCUAAAAAGAGCUCAGGAAGAGGCUGAAGGCAAGGCACACGAGGCUAAAAAGCCCAUUGUUGUUAAAUAUGGUCUCAACCAUGUCACCUACCUUAUUGAGCAGAACAAGGCCCAGCUGGUUGUUAUUGCCCAUGAUGUGGACCCGAUUGAGUUGGUUGUUUGGCUCCCAGCUCUUUGCAGGAAGAUGGAAAUCCCAUAUUGCAUUGUGAAGGGAAAAGCACGAUUGGGAGCGAUUGUCCACAAAAAGACUGCAUCUGUUUUGUGCUUGACGACUGUAAAGAAUGAAGAUAAGAUGGAGUUCAGCAGGAUUCUUGAAGCCAUUAAGGCCAAUUUCAACGACAAGUAUGAUGAGUACAGGAAGAAGUGGGGAGGUGGAAUCAUGGGGUCGAAGUCCCAGGCUAAAACUAAAGCAAAGGAGAAGCUGCUAGCCAAAGAAGCUGCUCAAAGAAUGUCUUAGGGAUCGAUCAUAGUUUGUCCUUUUAUAAUUUGCGGAUAUUUCUUUAACGAAAAAAAAAAAACACCAUGGAGACUUACUUGGCUAUUAUUUUCAACCUCAGAAUUUAGAAGUUUUGUUUACUUCAUCGGUUUUUUUUUUCGCUUAUUUGCUGAUUUCAGGUCUAGUUUUGAAUGUUGCGCAGACCCUUCUACUUUGUUCUUAUUAUAAUGUAAUUUCAUGGGAGAUUUUUAGCUGAUGAA